AUGACCUCUAACCCUACCCAGGAGAUCCAUCCUGUGUCUACUGCGGUGGACAAGGACGACCUGAAGAUACCACUUAUUGAUUUUGGUCCUUUCUUCACGGGGACCCCAUCCGACAAACAUGCCGUCGCUCUCUCAAUCACCGAAGCAUUCAAGACAUCUGGCUUCCUCUAUCUAAAGUCCCAUGGAAUUCCACCCUCCGUGGUGACCCGGGUGUUUGCAUCAUCUGCUCGGUUCUUUGCGCGACCCCAGAAUCAGAAAGAUGGUUUGAGCUGGACGUCCCCACAGUCGAACCGUGGUUACGUCGCUAUCGGGCGGGAGAAGUUAACCACCGUUGACGAAACAGAUGGCGAGACUCUGCGCGCCUCCGCUCCCGAUAUCAAGGAGACAAUGGAGAUUGGUCGCGAGGGAGUCGAAGGUCUGCCCAAUCGCUGGCCCGAUUAUCUCGAUGACGAAGGCAAAGAGUUUAAAGAAAUCAUGCAGUCGUUUUUCGAAAUGGGCAAGACCCUUCAUCAGCAGAUCAUGCAGGCCAUCGCAUUGGGCAUGAAUCUGCCAGAGCACUUCUUUGAUGAAUUCAUCGAUGCAACCGAUAACAAUCUGCGCCUGCUUCACUAUCCCCCCGUCAAGAAAGAGGUCUUCCAAAAGAACCCUAGCCAGGUCCGGGCCGGCGAGCACAGCGAUUACGGCUCUAUCACGCUACUAUUCCAAGACAGACAUGGAGGCUUGCAAGUCCGCAGCCCGAAAGGCACAUUUGUGGAUGCAACUCCCAUCGCCGAUACCAUUGUUGUGAAUGCUGGGGAUCUGCUCGCUCGGUGGUCCAAUGACACCAUAAAAAGUACCCGCCACCGAGUAAUUCAGCCACCUGUGCCUGUAGGCGAGAAAUCCGAAGAUGACUCGGAGACAUACCCUGCGCGCUACAGUGUCGCCUACUUUUGCCAGCCGAAUGACGACAAGUUGAUUGGGGCGCUGCCUGGUACCUUCGGCGAAGAUAUCCAGGUCGAGAAAAAGUACUCGGAAAUCACAGCAGGCGAAUACUUGGUCCAACGGUUGACUGCGACUUACUGA